AUGGAUGUGUAGGACCUGUCUGUCCCCGGUGGUAAUGUAACUCACUGUAGAUACAGCUUCAAUAGCGCUAUGCAUCCGUCUGUUUAAAUGCCUAGGCACCGACGCUGAAAGCGGCGGAAAAGCAGGUUUCUAGCCGCUCUGCUACAGCACAUACGUGCUACCUAGCUACACUGUUAGCUAGCAUCUUAGCAGUUGUGCCGUCCGCUUGAAGGCAUCAUUGGGUCCUACUCAUAGACGGUGGAUAGUCUAUGGUACUACAGAGACCAGCAAAAUGACCUCAGCCUCCACUAAAGUUGGUGAGAUCUUCUCUGCGGCUGGUGCUGCCUUCACCAAACUAGGAGAGCUCACCAUGCAGCUUCACCCAGUGGCAGACUCUAGUCCUGCAGGUUCCCGUCUUCCAUCCAGCGGCCAGACAAAGAGCACGGUGAAAAGGAAGCUAUACGAGGACGGCGCUCUACCCGCCACCUCUGACAGCUCUAAGAAGGUCGCCAAGAAAGCCACUCCCGUAGCCAUGGCAACGCAGGGCACUCCAACUAUAAUCUCCGUGCCCACGGCUCAGGUUGUCGUGGCGUCAGGACUACAGGGUUCCCCCUCCAGCCACCCCCCCCUGAAGAAACAGAAGACUGCAGAUGUGACCCUCAGUGCUCUAAAUGACUCAGAUGUCAACAGUGAUCUUGUGGACAUCGAGGGACUGGGUGAAGGAUCCAACUCUAAAAAACUCAACAACUUUGAUCAAGAUAACCUGAACCUGGACUCGAGCCUCAUAAUGAAUCCUGGUGACCUUCCUCUGCUCUCCCGUUGACCUCUCACUUCCUGUUGGACUUCAUAGAAAUAAUGGACAAAACUAUGAAAAUAAGUUGUGAUAAACUGAACUCCUCCUUGGUGAAAGAUGCUGACCGCACACAUUAGCUAGCUAACUAUGUGAGUACUGUGUUGUGUUAUGGAGGACACCAACGCAUCACACUUCUGUGAGACUGGUUGCCACUGUCAGAAACUUAAAAGAGCCAUAUAAAGUUUUCUUGUACUGUACUAUUUUUUUCACUUCAAGACAUUUUAACUUCAGAACAUUUCUUCUCCUCCUCAUGGAUGUGUAUUUGUAGGAAUGUCCAAAAGAUUUACAAGACAGACUCAAUGCGGUGAGGCAGCUCUUCUGAGAUUGUGUUUCUUUUGGGUUUUCCUUCAAGAGCUUCCACAGUCAGAUGCACCUGUACUGCAAAAGCACAGAGAUUAGAAAACAGAUAUUUGUCUCAACAGUAAUAUUUGAUUGUAUUUCAUGUUCAAGAUUGUCUUGCCACAUUUAGAAAAUUAUUGUAUCAGAUGCUAACACAAGCCUCAGUUUGUAUAAGAGUACUUAUUACAGUAUUUAGAACAGUUUUGGAUUCAUGUCCGAGUGAUUGAAUCCAGGAUAUUUUCAAUGUGAAUUGUCUCAACUUCUCCCCUCCUGUUAACUGUAUAGUAAACGACAACGUGUGUUAGAGGCUACACAGUCAGAUGGGAUCAUACACUCAACUCUUUUCAUUCCAGUUAUGCAGACAACUAAACAAUAAACAGUAAGAUUAGUUGCAAAUACUUUUUAAGGGGUGGGGUCUUGAGAUAACAACAUAAUUAUUUCACUUUUGUGAGAUAAAAUGUAUUGUGGUGAAAUUCUUUCGGACUGAGGUAUCAAAAUGGUAUAAAUACAUUCAAAUUAAAAUAAAGUAUGGAAAACCCCAAA